UGUGACUCUCUUCUGCAAGUACGUGAGAGCGUGUGUGUGUGGAGGAGUAGGUGUCUCUCAUGGCAGCGGCAGCUCGAUCCAUUGUAGGGUUAACGGCUCCGGAGCUAGUCAUGAAGUGUUGUUUCUCAGCCUCUCCAGUUUCAACACGUUACUCUGUUCCUUCACCUCCUCAUCAAAGAUAUGAUCAGAAUAAUAAUGGAUUUUUGCUGACCAUGAACGGGUGCGAGGGAGACCCAAGAACCCCUGUUGGAACAAUCGAGACUCGCACUUUCCUAGCCGUUCCAACCCCUGCAUUGGCCAUGGAUCACCUCAACUCGGCCAUAUCCGAGUUAAAAUCCGAUCCUCCUACUUCUACUUCCGGAAUUAUCCGUCUCCAGGUCCCAAUUCUUGAGCAGUUCAAAGCCAUCGGUUGGCUCCAUGCGCAGCACCAACUUCCUCGUUGUUACUUCUCUGCCAGAAGUCAGAGCUCCAAGCUCGAUCUCUUCUCCGACUCCACCAAUGGGGAGUGCCAGAGUUCUGAGAAGAAGUUGGUUAGUAUCGCUGGUGUGGGAUCCGCAGUCUACUUCCGGGACUUACAUCCCUUCUCGAAGGAUGAUUGGAAGUGUAUAAAGAGGUUCCUCUCUAAGGAUUGCCCAUUGAUUCGUGCUUAUGGGGCUAUCCGGUUUGAUGCAAUGGCUAAUAUUUCUCACGAAUGGGAAGGUUUUGGUUCAUUUUACUUUAUGAUUCCUCAGGUUGAGUUUGAUGAGCUUGAAGGAAGUUCCAUUCUUGCUAUAAAUAUUGCUUGGGACGAAACAUUCUUGUGGUCUUGGAGAAAAGCAGUAGAUUUGCUUCAAGCUACGAUGUGCCAGGUCUCUUCUGUUGUUGCCAAAUUACAAACAGAAGUCCCAAUAGCAUUCAUCCUUCACAACAAUCACAUUCCCAGGAAGGCUUCUUGGGAUGUCACUGUAAACAGAGCUUUACAAAUGAUAAACAGAAGUGGUUCAGGACUAACGAAGGUUGUACUUGCACGCAGUACUAGAGUGGUUGGUAAUAAUGAUAUUGAUCCUCUAGCAUGGUUAGCUUGUUUACAGGUGGAAGGACAAAAUGCCUAUCAAUUUUGUAUUCAGCCACCUGAUGCACCGGCAUUUAUUGGAAACACUCCAGAGCAACUAUUUCAUCGGAAAAACUGUAGCGUUUGCAGUGAGGCUUUAGCUGGAACUCGUGCAAGAGGUGCAUUGGUGGCUCUAGAUCUUCAGAUAGAACGUGAUUUACUUUCCAGUCCUAAGGACCAUGUUGAGUUUAUAAUUGUACGAGAGAGCAUUAGAAGAAAGCUAGAGGUUAUCUGCAAUAUGGUCUUGGUAGAACCUAAAAAAGCAAUUAGAAAAUUCCCAAGAGUACAACACCUCUAUGCUGGAUUGUCAGGCAGGUUAAGAAGUGAAGAUGAUGAGUUUGACAUCUUGUCUUCUCUUCACCCUACUCCAGCAGUUUGUGGAUUUCCAACAGAAGAGGCUCGGCGGUUUAUUGCAGAAACUGAAAUGUUUGAUCGUGGAAUGUAUGCUGGCCCAGUUGGUUGGUUUGGUGGAAGGGAGACUGAAUUUGCUGUUGGGAUUAGAUCCGCCCUGGUAGGAAAGGGUAUUGAUGCAUUAAUUUAUGCUGGAGCUGGGAUAGUUGAAGGGACUAAUUCAUCUUUAGAGUGGGAAGAACUGGAAUUGAAGACAUCCCAGUUCUCCAAGUUGAUACAGCGUGAGGUGCCUCUCUCUUAGUACAGAAGUGAAAACAUGGGGGAAAUCGAAUGGAAAGGUUAGCAGUUCCGAGUAUGGCUUUAUGCUUUAAAAACUAUUGUUUCAGGAUUUUAUACAUUUCUUCUUUGCUUGGGGGGAGCUUAAUUCAAUAAUGCAUAAUCUCUAAUACCGAAUACUUCAAAGUGGCCACAAUGCCAGUAUACUUGUUCAGUUCUCAGGGUUGUUCAGUAAACUGUUUGAUCUUGAAUAUUCAACUCUCUAAACAGUGUUAUGGUGUCUUUGUGCAUGUGUGGAACAUUUUGUUUAUCUGCUUUCAGGUUGUAUGACAGGAGUGACCAUAGUAUUUGUGGCUUUGUACUAGGUCCUGAAGAUGUUUCUGGACUUUUUUCAGUUAGUAGUCAGUAUCUUAAGAUAAGAGAGAUAAACUAGAUGGUUUAGAAAAAGAAAAAUGGAGUGUUCUGUUUCCAGAGUUGCAGCACAUUAAGAAUUUAAAUUUGAUCAUGUAACCCUUUUGCUUAAAGAGAUGAGUUUGCUUGGUGGCAGAUAAUCACAACAAAGAAAACAUAAAGCUCCAUCAAAGAGGAAGGCAUCCAAAUCAAUCAGCUUACGUGCAUAUUCUGGACUGAACCCUCACCAUGGUUGGCCCCAUUUUAUACGGUCUUCAGUCAAACCUCUUAUUUUUUU